CACCAUAAAUUAAACAAAAAUGCUAGUCGCAGUAACAUUCGAAGGAAGCUACACUGUGAGGCCUUCUAAUCCAACGUGGAUCGGAACAAUGGCCUUAUCCGAAUGGGAUCAAAUAGGUUGCCUGACUCACGUUCCCGCCAUCUACUUCUAUCGAUCCCCACAAAGUACUACUUCCACCAUUGCUGACACCUUGAAAGACUCAUUGAGCAGAGUGAUGGUGUCGUUUUAUCCCUUGGCUGGUCGUUUACAGUGGAUAGGCAAUGGUCGUCUUCAGCUUCAGUGCAAUGCAAUGGGGGCUCGAUUCAUUGUAGCUAAGUGCGAAUCGAAUUUAAACGACAUCGGCGACUUGUCGCUCUGCUCUCAACACCGUAACCUUUUCCCUUCUGCAGAUUAUAGCCUUCCAAUUCAUGAGAUUCCUCUGUUUCUGGUUCAGCUCACCACGUUUCGAUGCGGUGGCUUCAGCAUCGGCAUUGCACUUUCUCACACUGUUGCAGAUGGACCAGCGGCCCUUCACUUCAUGUCUGAGUGGGCUAGGGUUACAAGAGGAGAGACUCUACAAACACCACCAUUUCUGGACCGAAGCGUCUUCCGAGCAGGGCAGCCACCGUUGGCGGGGUCACCGCCGCCAAUCCUCAACGAUUACCCGGAGUAUGGGAGUCCAGCAUUACUACUUGGUCAGUCAGAUACUUUAGAGGAAAGAAAGGAGAAAACCACAACAGCUAUGCUAAGGAUAACGAAAGACCAAGUUGAGAAAUUGAGGAAGAUGGCAAAUGAAAGUUGGGAAAAGCCCAAGGUGCGAGGAUUCACUCGUUACGAGACGAUAUGUGGAUAUGUAUGGACAAUCUCGUGCAAGGCAAGAGGACACAGGAAAGAGCAACCAACGGCAAUAGGUAUUUGUGUUGAUUCGAGGAGUCGCAUGAAGCCGGAACUACCAAGAGAGUACUUUGGGACUGCGACUUUUGAUGUGAUAGCUCAGAGUGUGGCUGGUGAUCUCAUGUCAAAACCAUUAGGGUUUGCUGCGAGUAAAGUAAGGGAAGCGAUAGAGAAGGUGACAGACAAGUACAUAAGGUCAUUGAUCGAGUUCUUGAAGAACCAAAAAGAGUUGACAGAGUUCCAAGACAUUCAUACAGUACUGAGGAAAGAGGAAGGACCAUUUUAUGGAAACCCUAAUAUUACGGUGGUGAGUUGGUUGACAUUGCCUCUAUAUGGGUUUGAUUUUGGGUGGGGAAAGGAAGAUUAUAUGGGGCCAGGACCUUAUGAAGAAGAUGGGACUUCUUUGCUUAUGCACAGUCCUGAAGGAGAUGGUUCUGUUGUGGUUGCUAUGUGCCUCCAAGAAGCUCAUAUGAAUGAGUUUAAGAAGCUCUUUUAUCAAGACAUGGUGUGAUCUUCAUGUCAACCGUAUAUAUAUAUAUAUAUAUCAGCAUUGAAACUAAAUUGCACUCUGUACAAGAUUAUGAAGUUAAUGUGUUUAAAUAUUAAUCGCUGGAAAAUAAGGAGAAGUGUGCAUGUGCGUGUACACCAAGGUUGGCAAUAAAAUGUAAUUAGUAUUAGAAAGUUGUAAAUUGGAUUCCAGUAAUAGUGAUUAUUGUUUUGAAAA